CUUCCCAGGAGCUCCGAGAGGCGGGGAAGUGGCGGCGGGACGCGAUUCCCCGCGCGGAGCCGGGCCGGGGCCGCGGGAGGACCGGCAGCUGGGGGCGCGGCGACAAGAGACCCCCCCCAACCCCCCGGGGAGGAGUGGGUCCCGGCUGCCUGCUUAGUGGAGGAGGUGAGGUGGCCGUCGGAGGGCUCCCAGGGAAGCGGGGCCGACGCGGGCGCUCGAGGGUCCGGGGCAGCGUGCGGGCGGACGGACGGGAGAUGCCGCUGCUACACCGAAAGCCGUUUGUGAGACAGAAGCCGCCUGUGGACCUGCGGCCGGACGAGGAAGUUUUCUACUGUAAAGUCACCAACGAGAUCUUCCGCCACUACGAUGACUUUUUUGAGCGAACCAUUCUGUGCAACAGCCUUGUGUGGAGUUGUGCUGUGACGGGUAGACCUGGACUGACAUAUCAGGAAGCACUUGAGUCAGAAAGAAAAGCAAGACAGAAUCUUCAAAGUUUUCCAGAACCACUAAUUAUUCCAGUUUUAUACUUGACCAACCUUACCCAUCGUUCACGCUUACAUGAAAUUUGUGAUGAUAUCUUUGCAUAUAUCAAGGAUCGGUAUUUUGUUGAAGAAACUGUGGAAGUCAUUAGGAACAAUGGUACAAGGUUACAGUGUAGGAUUUUGGAAGUCCUUCCCCCAUCACAUCAAAAUGGUUUUGCUAAUGGACAUGUUAGUAGCAUAGAUGGGGAAACUAUGAUCAUCAGUGAUAGUGAUGAUUCAGAAGCACAAAGCAAUUGUUUUCAAAAUGGGAAGAAAAAAGAUGCAACUGAUCCCUUAUUAUUCAAAUAUAAGGUGCAACCCACUAAAAAGGAAGUAUAUGACUCUGCUAUUGUCAAGGCAACACAAGUCAGCAGGAGAAAACACCUAUUUUCUCGUGAUAAACUAAAGCUUUUUCUGAAGCAACACUGUGAACCACAGGAUGGAGUGAUUAAAAUUAAGGCAUCAUCUCUUUCAACAUAUAAAAUAGCAGAACAAGAUUUUUCCUAUUUCUUCCCUGAUGAUCCACCUACAUUUAUCUUCAGUCCUGGUAACAGAAGAAGAGGGAGACCUCCCAAACGAAUAUCUGUUAGUCAGGAAGACAGCACUGCUGAUAAACAAACUAUUGUAGGAUGUAGGAACAAAGCAACUAAAGAAAGAGAGAGACUUUUGAAACAGGAAGAAAUGAAGGCACUAGCUUUUGAAAAGGCUAAAUUGAAAAAAGAAAAAGCAGAUGCCCUAGAAGCAAAGAAAAAAGAAAAGGAAGACAAAGAGAAAAAGAGGGAAGAAUUGAAGAAAAUCAUUGAAGAAGAGAGACUAAAGAAAAAAGAAGAAAAAGAGAGACUUAAAAUAGAAAGAGAAAAGGAAAGAGAGAAAUUACGUGAAGAAAAGAGAAAAUAUAUGGAAUACUUAAAACAGUGGAGUAAACCCAGAGAAGAUAUGGAAUGUGAUGACCUUAAGGAACUUCCAGAACCAACUCCAGUGAAAACUAGACUACCUCCUGAAAUCUUUGGUGACGCUCUGAUGGUUUUGGAGUUCCUUAAUGCAUUUGGGGAACUUUUUGAUCUUCAAGAUGAAUUUCCUGAGGGAGUAACCCUAGAAGUAUUAGAGGAAGCUCUUGUAGGAAAUGACAGUGAAGGCCCACUAUGUGAAUUGCUUUUUUUCUUCCUGACUGCAAUCUUCCAGGCGAUAGCUGAAGAAGAAGAGGAAGUAGCCAAAGAGCAAAUAACUGAUGCUGACACCAAAGAUUUAACAGAGGCUUUGGAUGAAGAUGCAGACCCCACAAAAUCUGCACUGUCUGCAGUUGCAUCUUUGGCAGCUGCAUGGCCACAGUUACACCAGGGCUGCAGUUUGAAAAGCUUGGACCUUGAUAGCUGCACUCUUUCUGAAAUCCUCAGACUACACAUCUUAGCUUCAGGUGCUGAUGUAACAUCAGCAAAUGCAAAGUACAGAUACCAGAAACGAGGAGGAUUUGAUGCUACAGAUGAUGCCUGUAUGGAGCUUCGUUUAAGCAAUCCCAGUCUAGUGAAGAAACUGUCAAGCACUUCGGUGUAUGAUUUGACACCAGGAGAAAAAAUGAAGAUACUUCAUGCUCUCUGUGGAAAGCUACUGACCCUAGUUUCUACUAGGGAUUUUAUUGAGGAUUAUGUUGAUAUAUUACGACAGGCAAAGCAGGAAUUCCGAGAGUUAAAAGCAGAACAACAUCGAAAAGAGAGAGAAGAAGCAGCUGCAAGAAUACGUAGAAGGAAGGAAGAAAAACUUAAGGAGCAAGAACAGAAAAUGAAAGAGAAACAAGAAAAACUAAAGGACGAUGAGCAAAGAAAUUCAUCUGCAGAUACAUCUAUAGGGGAGGAAGAAAGGGAAGAUUUUGAUACUAGCACUGAGAGCAAAGAAAUAGAACAAAAGGAACUUGACCAAGAUAUGGUCACUGAAGAUGAAGAUGACCUAGGAUCACAUAAAAAAAGCAGAAGGGGGAAAAGGGGACAAAAUGGAUUUAAAGAAUUUACAAAGCAAGAAGAGAUCAACUGUGUAAUGGGAGAGUCUCUUACUGCUGAAGAAGAAGAAGCCUUAAAGCAGGAAUACCAACGAAAAGAGAAAGAGCUCUUAGAAAAAAUCCAAAGUGCCAUAGCAUGUACCAAUAUCUUUCCCUUGGGGCGGGACCGCAUGUAUAGGCGAUACUGGAUUUUCCCUUCUGUUCCUGGUUUGUUUAUUGAAGAGGAUUACUCUGGUCUCACUGAAGACAUGCUUUUGCCCAGACCUUCAUCAUUUCAGAAUAAUGUACAGUCUCAAAUUCCUCAGGUAUCUACAAAAACUGAAGAGUCUUUGAUGUCUGAAUCUACCUCUAACAUUGACCAAGGUCCAUGUGAUGAUUCUGCCCAGCUGCCAAAACCAGUGCAUAAGCCAAAUCGGUGGUGCUUUUAUAGUUCUUGUGAACAGCUAGACCAGCUUAUUGAAGCUCUGAACUCUAGAGGAUAUAGAGAAAGUGCCUUAAAAGAAACCUUGAUGCAAGAGAAAAGCAGAAUAUGUGCACAGCUAGCCCACUUUUCUGAAGAGAAAUUUCAUUUUUCAGAAAAACCUCAAAUGGAUAAUAAACCUCCAUGCACUCGGGGAAGGUCUUCCUGUACACAUGAUCCAUCUCAGAUGUCUGCAGAAAGGCAACUGGAACUGAGACUCAGAGACUUUCUUUUGGAUAUUGAAGACAGAAUCUAUCAAGGAACAUUAGGAGCAGUCAAG